UCGUGUUCGGAUGUCAUUUAACUGCACAAAGAUUGGAGGUGGUCAGAUCGCUUGUACAUUCGGUGGAUGUUCUUUUCAGCAAACGGAAUCUUUUUCUGGAGUUUUUCUUUUGAAUAUCUAUACGGUUGUCUAUUUUUAAUCCCAGGAUGGGGCACAAAGGAAUCUCGGUUACAGGCCUCGUUUGCGGUUUUGCUUUCUUUCUUCUACCGCUGCAUUCCGCCUAUGGAGACGUGAGCUAUUCUUUUCCGGAGGAGAUGAAACGAGGAUCUGUUAUUGGAAAUAUAGCCAAGGAUCUCGGGCUGGAGGUGAGCAGACUGUCCGCUCGUAAGGCCCGAAUUGAUACCGAAGGGAAAAAUCAACGUUAUUGUGACAUUAAUCUGAGUACCGGGGAUUUGAUUGUUGCGGACGGGAUUGACAGGGAGGAGCUUUGUGGAGAGAAGGUUUCGUGUAUGAUUAAAUUCGAGGUGGUUCUAGAAGGUCCAUUGGAGUUGCAUCAGAUAUCUCUCCUUGUUGAGGAUGUCAAUGAUAAUUCACCCAUUUUCCCGAAAGAUACAAUCAAAUUGGAAAUUACAGAAUCGGCAGACAAAGGGGCUCGCUAUCGAAUUAACGAGGCACAUGACGCAGAUAUAGGACAGAACGCAGUGCAAAGGUAUGCAUUAGAAAGGAAUGAACAUUUUGUGCUGGCUAUUCACGAUUACACAGAUGGAGGAAAGAAUGUCGAGUUGGUUUUAGAUAAAGAACUAGAUCGUGAGGAAAAGCAAGAGAUGAGUUUACUUAUUACAGCUGUAGAUGGGGGCUCUCCGCAGAGAUCAGGUACUGUAGUCAUACACGUCACUGUACUGGAUGCUAACGAUAACGCCCCAGUGUUUAGCCAGGCCGUCUAUAAAGCCAGUCUGCCUGAAAACUCUCCUUUAGAUACUGUAGUGGUUACAGUGAGUGCUACGGAUGCAGAUGAGGGGGUGAAUGGGGAGGUGACGUAUGAAUUCAGUCGCAUAUCAGACAAAGCAAGAAAGAUAUUUUCUUUGGGUCACAGUACUGGAGAAAUUAAGGUGAUAGGUCCAAUAGAUUUCGAAGGCGACCCAAAAUAUGAAAUGCGCAUAGAGGGUAAAGAUGGCUAUGGUCUUUCAUCUGAUUCAAAAGUGAUUGUUGAAAUAACUGAUGUUAAUGACAACGCCCCUGUGAUUUAUCUACAAUCUCUGACUAGCCCCAUACCUGAGAACGCGUCACCUGGUACAGAGGUGGGCAUCAUUAACGUGCAGGAUAGAGACUCUGAGACUAACCGACAGGUCCGCUGCUACAUUCAGCAAAACCUUCCCUUUAAGCUGGUGCCAUCCAUCAAAAACUACUAUUCUCUGGUGACCACGGGCGAACUGGACCGGGAACUAGUGUCUGAUUACAACAUUACAAUCACUGCCACCGACGAGGGCUCUCCACCUCUGUCCUCCUCUAAAAGUGUUCAGUUAUCUGUAGCUGACGUCAACGACAACCCACCUGUGUUUGAGGAACAGUUCAGGAGUUUUAAAGUCCACGUGGUGGCCAGAGACAACGGUUCUCCUCCACUCAGCAGCAACGUCACGGUCAGUGUGUUCAUAACGGAUGUGAAUGACAACUCUCCUCAGAUACUAUACCCCGCCCCAGAGGGGAACUCCUUCAUGACCGAGCUGGUCCCCAAAGCUGCGCACGGAGGCUCUCUGGUUUCCAAGGUGAUAGCGGUGGACGCGGACUCCGGCCAGAACGCCUGGCUGUCCUAUCAUAUAGUCAAAUCCACUGAUCCGGGACUUUUCACUAUUGGUCUCCACAGUGGAGAGAUCAGGACACAGCGGGACAUUUCUGAAUCUGACAGCAUGAAACAGAACCUCAUUGUGUCAGUGAAAGAUAACGGACAGCCCUUUCUCUCUGCCACCUGUACCAUGUAUUUAGUGAUUUCUGAUAACUUGGCUGAAGUGCCAGAACUGAAAGAUGUCUCUUAUGAUGAGAACAAUUCCAAACUCACCUCUUAUCUGAUCAUCGCGCUGGUGUCCGUCUCCAUCUUUUUCCUCACCUUCAUUAUUGUCAUCCUGGCCGUGAGGUUUUGCCGCAGGAGAAAGCCCAGACUGUUGUUUGACGGAGCGGUCGCCAUCCCCAGCGCGUAUCUCCCUCCCAACUACGCAGAGGUGGACGGCGCAGGAACUCUCCGCAGCACUUACAAUUAUGACGCAUACCUGACGACAGGUUCGCGCACAAGUGACUUCAAGUUCGUCACAUCUUACAAUGACAACACACUGCCCGCGGACCAGACUCUGAGUAAAACUCCAACAGACUUUGCUGAAGAACUUGACGACUCCGACGGGUCCCCAGAGGUAGGCUUUUAA